AUGCCGCCCAAAUCGCGUCCAAGGGUAUCUGUAGACGCUGGAUCCAAACAAACAACCUCACGGCCAUCGGGUAAAGCGAAGCUGAUGACAGUGAAACUUGACACUGAACCACCAGCAAAGAAAAUGAGACCCCUGUCGGUACGUGAUGAUAGAUUGUGGGUCGACAUGUACGAGCCCACCACUGAGGCUGAUCUAGCUGUACACAAACGUAAAGUCGAGGAUGUACGACGAUGGUUCAUCGAGGCUUUUGAAGGAGGUCCUUCAGGCAAGCUUAAAAAGUACAGAAGAAUUCUGGCGUUGACGGGACCUGCAGGUACAGCCAAAACGACAACUGUACGUGUCCUUUCUCGCGAACUGGGUUUUGAAAUCCUGGAAUGGAGAAACAGUAUGAACGAUGAGUACGGAGAAAGAAGAUCUCCCGUAGAUAACCAAACGUUAUUUGACAAGUUCCAAGCAUUCCUAGAACGAGCAUCUGCCUGCCACAAUAUCUUCUCUUCACAGAUGAUUAAAAACCAAGAACCCCAAUCAUCCCAAACUGGUACUCCGGCUUGCUCUGGGAGUUCGCAAUCUCAGAGUCAGAGCAAGAAGAGUUCUGGUCCGCGCCACAUUAUCCUCCUUGAAGAUCUUCCAAACAUACUUCAUCUACCCACUCAAGCUCGUUUUCGAGCUGCUUUGCAGUCACUUGUUGAUAACCCCCCACGCGACGCAGCCCCCAUCGUGAUUAUUGUCAGUGAUGCAGGUAUGCGUGGUGAGGCACAAGAUGAACGCGCAGCGAACGGUUUUGGAUGGGCAAAGGAAGUGGUGGACGUGAGGACUGUCCUUGGGCCAGCUUUCAACCCGGUUGCAUCCACGCUCAUGAAGAAAGCUAUACAGUCUCUUAUUACUAUACACUUCUCAUCUUCAUCGGGACACAGCGUGCAAUCUCUGCCUCGCGAAGUCCUAGAUAUCAUAGUAGAGUCCUCCAAUGGUGACAUUCGUAGUGCUAUAAUGGCACUUCAAUUCGCCUGUACAAGUGCGAGUAAGGCUGGGAAAGGGAAGAAAAGGGUUCAAAACGAUGGCAGGAGUAAUGUCAACGCGAGACUCGUUUUAGAGGCUGUUACACGUAGAGAGCAAAGUCUCGUGCUUUUUCACUUGAUGGGGAAGGUACUGUAUAACAAAAGAAAAGGUGACCCACCCAAUGCAAAUUCAGCCGCAAAAGACUUGAAGAGGGAUAAAGCGAUUGAUGCACUCCUGCGAGAGCCUCCAGAACUGCCUCCUUACUUGCAGGAACAUGAACGGCGGGCCAGCCGUGUUGACAUCGAUGUACUCUAUGCAGAUUCCCCGAUUGACUCAUCUCUCCUUGGAUUAUAUAUCCACCAGAACUAUACGCAGUUUUGCAACGACAUAGACGAGUCUGCUGCCGUUGCAGAAUGGCUUAGUUGGGCGGAUUGGGGAGGAGGUGAUGAUCCAGUCCUCACGAACCCACAUAUAUUUCAUCUCCUUACUCUGGGUACGCUACAUUCACUUCCCUCUCCUGUCGCACGCCGUGGACAACUGGUAUGCAAACCAGAGUUCUUCGACGUGCGAAAAAGGGAGGUAGAGGCUGCAGAUGCAGUGAGGGAUGUACAGUUGUGGGUGACCAGUAAGGAUGCUGGUUUAACGGACACCACAAAUGGUAAUCUCGAUUUUGGAAGUCGAGAUGAUGUCCCUUCGACGAGUCGCUGGAGUCAAAAGACGAUAGCGACUGAACUGGGCGGAUGGCUGAAAGCCAUGGAUCGCCAGCGAGGGAAAGGCGUUGCCAGACCUCCACCCUCUCAUCAUCUAUUCUCGCAUCUCCCCUUUAAUUCGAAGGUGUCAUCUGCGCUCGCAUUGAGGGAUGGCGAGGAUGAGUUCGGGUCUUUACCAGACGAAGACGAAGGGUGGGCAGCGAAUGACAAUUCAGUGAAAGAUGUGGAGGAUAUAGUCAGUGGUGGAUGGCUGGAGAGUGAUGACAUAGAGGAAGUUGAGUGAUUUGGCUGUCUGCUUAAGGCACAAUGUUUGAUAUAGAGUGAUGCUGGCUGGCCUGAGGUAGUAGGGUUCUAAAUUUUAUCUCUACUUAUCGCGAUAUCUGAUCCCAUGUUUUAGUGGGAGAAGUUUUUGUCAGAGCGAAAAAAAAAAAAAAAAA